UCUGUAGUAUUCUCAAAAAAAGUUUAGAAUAGAGUUGAGCGAAACUGUGAAUGUGGGGGCGCAGGGGAGAACUUUCGAGUGUUCGAUAAUCAGAGAGAAGAGAGGACUGUGUCUGACGAACAAGUUGGCAACCAGAGGAGAUCAACCUCACUUAAGUCUGUCCGUCUUCCAGCUCUGGGAACUGAAUAAUAGUGUGUGAGAAAUUGCAAGGAUGUUGUCAAUGGAUCCUGGAAAAAAGAUUUCUUUUCAGCGCCGAAUCUGUGAUGGAGAUUUGGCCAUUGUGUAUGAAAGGCACGACAGCAUGAAGGCUGUAAAAGUACACGAGGGUUCAGAGCUUCAGAAUCGGUUUGGUGUAUUUAAACAUGCUGAUUGGAUUGGGAAGUCUUUCGGGUCCAAGGUUUUCAGCAACAAGGGUGGAUUUAUUUACCUGUUAGCUCCCACUCCUGAGCUUUGGACUCUGGUUCUAAGUCACAGGACUCAGAUUCUAUAUAUUGCAGAUAUCAGUUUUGUGAUCUCAUACUUGGAAGUUAUUCCUGGUUGUUUGGUUCUUGAAUCGGGUACUGGUAGUGGUUCCCUAACCACCUCACUUGCAAGGGCUGUGGCUCCAACUGGUCAUGUUCACACAUUUGACUUCCAUGAGCAAAGAGCUGCUUCAGCUAGGGAGGAUUUUGAGAGAACUGGUCUGAGCAGCUUGAUUACUGUUGAAGUUAGAGAUAUUCAAGGUGAGGGAUUUCCUGAUGAUUUUCGUGGUUUAGCAGAUUCGGUCUUCCUUGAUUUACCCCAACCUUGGUUGGCCAUUCCUUCUGCUGGGAAAAUGUUGAAGCAGGAUGGUAUUUUAUGUUCUUUCUCCCCUUGCAUUGAGCAAGUCCAGAGAUCAUGUGAGACUCUGAAGGCAAGUUUUACAGAUAUAAGGACGUUUGAGGUCCUCCUUCGCACAUAUGAAGUCAAAGAAGGAAGGAUGGAAUAUGGGGCAGGUGAUGAAAGUGAUUCUCUCGGGCCUCUUCCUUGCAAGAGGAGGCAAUGUUCAAGUGAUGGGAGCAUUGGUAGUGAAAGCUUCAGUGCUCCUGUAAUCAUGGCUAGGCCGUGCUCUGAGACGAGAGGUCACACUGGCUAUUUGACAUUUGCUAGACUCAAAUGCCUGCAGUAGGGGGCCAAACGACCAUACUCUCACAUUAAGGCAUCAAGAGGUCACCUGUCUCGUUACAGGUUCGUGCAAUCCCCAUCCUUGGAAAUGAAAAGAAUGGUUUGUUAUUCAGUUUUGAAUGGGGACAGAGUCUGAAAUUGAUAUUAGUCAUUACAGGUUAGGUUCAAGCUUCAUUAGCGGGGAGAAAAUAUUUGUUGUUGAUCGUUAGUAAGUUUUGGAAGGACCAAGUGAAAGUCAAAGUCACUUGUUAUUUUUUCUACCAUAAAAAUUAUUUAUUUAUUUUUUGGUUCUCCUUUUGCCUCUGCCUUGUCCAAUUUCAUCUUCCAUCUGGGGUCCCUUCCUUUCUCUGCAAAAGGAGCUGAAUUUUUUUUUCUAAAUUGUAAAAUUUAAGUUAUGUUUGUUGACCCUUCUAUGAUCAACACUUUGUUUUGUGCCUUACAGAUGGAGAUAGAUACCACUUUGAUUACAAAA